GAAAGAGAGAGAGAGAAAGAGAGAUCAGUCCUCGGAGCAAUUAAUUAGCGCAGAGACGUAACACUCGAGUUGGGAAGAGGGCGAAAGUGAUUCGCCCGGAAAGAUCGAGCGUUCUCGCGCAAACAAACCGUGGAGCCAUUAUCGGGAUCCUUCACGAAUUUACUGGCCCUUUCGUAGCUACAGAUGUCGGAGGGGAGAGCUUGUACAUCAAUCUGUUCACGACCGGUAUAACUCGGUUUAUUCACGUGCCACGAUCACUCUGACCAUUCGAAAUCCCUACCCGGCCCACUACUUAGAAGAGGACAGAGAAUGAAAGACAAAGAGAAUAAGAAAAAGAGAAUAAGAUUUGUAGAAAUUCUUGGAGAAAGGGAAGUGCAAAGCAUCUAUGUAUAUAAGCAACCCCUUUCAGUCCAGCCCUCGAGAUCCGUAAGCCCCUUUCAGAACAAAACGAACGUGCUCGAUUUAAUGCGGACAGUAGGCUCUGUAGGUGUUGUUCUUCGUCCAAGAUUGUCCAAACAAUCCACGCAGAUUUGUUGGAAACGAGACCAGAGGGGGCGAACAAUCCCGAAUAAUGCCGGUGUCUACUAACGAAGUAAUUUUAGCCGAGCGCGUAUGCGUAUGAUCGAAGAAGAAGAAGAAGAAGAA